AUGGAUGAUUACAUAAGCAAAUUACCAGAUGACAUUCUUUGUCGCCUUCUUUCUUUAUUGACUGUGAGAGAUGCUAUUAGAGCAAGGUCAUUGUCAACUAGGUGGAAACACCUUCCUGAAUGUCGAUCCACCCUCAAGUUUAAUUACACAAGUGUGUUUGGAAAACGCGAGUGCAAUUACAAUGAAUGUCAAAAUGAGUUUGUCAGUGCUGUUAAUCAAUAUCUGAAGAUAUGGGCGGCACAAAAAAUAAGUAAAUUUAAGCUUGAUUUUAAUCUGACAAAAGAAUAUGCUUCACAUAUUGAUGGGUGGAUUGCUUGUGCUACCAGAAAGAGAGUUGAGGGAUUGGACCUCAACUUUGUUGUUUCACGCGCUGGUGCUCCAAAUUAUGUUUUAUCUUGUCAUCUUUUGCACUCAGAGGCAUCCAGUUUGAAGCAUUUACGCAUACAUUGUUGCAAGCUAAGUCUUUGUUCAGGGUAUAAAAGUGGGUGUAAAAGUUGGCUGACUCAAUUGACUACACUCGAGCUGAUCUGUGUGACUUUGGUUAAGAAUGAUAUGGAGCAUAUCCUGUCUUCUUGUUUGAAUCUUACAUCACUAACCAUCCUUGCAUGCACCGAUUACUCAGGCUGUUUACAUGUUAAACUUCCUUGUUUGAAGAAAUUGGUAAUUUUGAUUACCUCAGCCAUUGACAUUGAUUGUCCUAAUCUUGAGAUAUUUGAUUAUACUAGCAACUUGUCACGUCGUCCUGAUACUCCCAUGACAAACUGCUGUGCUAAAGUCACAUUUUCCCAUUCCCCUUGUUGUUUGAGAGAAGUGUAUUUGCAGGUUCGUUGUGAAAAAGGGGGCUGCUUAUCUAAGUUUGUUGAUCACCUCACCAGAAACGCUCCAAAGCUUGAGCAUUUGUUUCUUGUGGUAAACACUGAGAUAAAGUAUAGCGUAACAAUCAAGCACAGCCCAGAAAGACAGUAUCCAGACCGCCCACAUUCCCGGUUGAAAAAAGUUAAAAUAGAAGGAUAUAGUAAAAUGUGGAAAGGAAUGGAGUUUGUUAUGUAUUUGCUCAGAAAUUCCAUUGCACUUGAGCAAAUGGUCAUUGUGACGAAUGAUAUCUCCAAGUGGAGGGUGCCUCUGAUGCUGUCUGCUUUUGUGGCCUCUUUCACUCUGCCUACUCCAGUUCCUAUGUCUUUACCGUAUUGUCGAGUAAAGACGAAAUUGGAGGCAGCAGAUCAACUCUUUGCUUCCUGGAGAUAG